AUGCACAAGACCACCUUCGUCGCUGACUUUCAGGACAUCCGCCGCGACGGCUGUGCCUCGGUCGGCGGCAAGAACGCCUCGCUGGGCGAGAUGAUCAGCACGCUCACUCCGCGGGGGAUCCCCGUGCCGCCCGGGUUCGCCGUCACCUCGCACGCGUACUGGGAGUUUGUGCAGGCGAACGGGAUCCGCGAGAACAUCGCGCGGCUGAUCGCCGUUUGGCAGAGCGGGCGAGCGACGCUGACCGAGACGGGCGAGACGAUCCGCAAGCGCUUCCUGCUGGGUUCGUGGCCCAUUGACGUCGAGGAUGCGAUCCGCGGCGGGUACCGCAAGCUCGCGAUGGAAGCCGGGGUGGAUAAGGUGAGUGUUGCGGUGCGGUCGAGCGCGACGGCAGAGGACCUGCCGGAUGCGAGCUUCGCGGGGCAGCUGGACUCGUUUCUGAAUAUUGAGGGAGAGGAGGCAGUGCUGCUUGCGUGCCGGCGGUGCUACGCGUCGCUGUUCACGGACCGGGCGAUCAGCUAUCGGCAGACGAUGGGGUUUGACCAUGCGAAGAUUGCGCUGUCCGUCGGGGUGCAGCGAAUGGUGCGCUCGGACGCCAGCGGGUCGGGGGUCAUGUUCUCGAUCGACACAGAGAGUGGGUUCGACAAGGUGGUCAUCAUCAACGCGGCAUGGGGGCUCGGCGAGAACGUUGUGCAGGGGACGGUAAAUCCGGACGAGUAUCAGGUGUUCAAGCCGCUGCUCGAGGACGAGAAGCUGGCCCCGAUCAUUGACAAGAAGUGCGGCGACAAGGCGAUGAAGAUGGUCUUUGCAGGCCCGGCCCAGCACCACCAUCAACCGACAACACGGAACGUGCCGACUUCAAAGGCCGAGCGCGCGGCGUUUGUUCUGAAUGACAAGGAAAUCCUGCAGCUGGCGCGCUGGGCAUGCACGAUUGAGCGGCACUAUGGCUGUCCCAUGGACAUGGAGUGGGCCAAGGACGGGCUGACCGAUGAGCUAUUCAUUGUUCAGGCACGGCCUGAAACCGUCCACUCGCGCAAAGACGCCGCCGUGUUCAAGACAUAUAAACUUGGCAAGAAAGGCCGCGAGCUGGCCAAGGGCCUCUCCAUCGGGGCAGCCGCCGUGGCCGGCAGGGUCUGCCUGAUCGAAGACGCCAAGGACAUUGGCCAGUUCGUCGAUGGGUCCAUCCUGGUGACCAAGGCGACGGACCCCGACUGGGUGCCCAUCAUGAAGCACGCCGCGGCCAUUGUCACGGACCACGGUGGGCGGACAUCGCACGCGGCUAUCAUCAGCCGCGAGCUUGGUCUCCCCGCAGUUGUGGGCACCGGCAACGCCACCUACGUCCUGCACACGGGGCAGGACGUAACCGUCUCGUGCGCUGAGGGUGACAACGGGUUCGUCUACGAAGGCUGCUCGCCGAUCAAGACGGAGACGAUUAACCUCACUAACCUGCCAGAGUCACCAACCAAGGUGAUGCUCAAUCUGGCAAACCCGUCCGCCGCCUAUCGGUGGUGGCGCCUGCCUGCCGACGGCAUCGGCCUUGCGCGCAUGGAGUUUGUCGUGACCAACGCGAUCCGAGUGCACCCGAUGGCCCUCGUGCACUUUGACAAGCUCAAGGACGCAGGCGCCAAGCAGCAGAUUGCACGCCUGACGGCCAGAUACAUGGACAAGCCCGCCUAUUUUGUUGAGAAGCUGGCGCACGGGUUCGCGGCGCUGUGCGCCGCGACGUACCCGCGACCGGCGAUCCUGCGACUGAGCGACUUCAAGACAAACGAGUACGCCGGCCUGAUCGGGGGCAUCGAGUUCGAGCCGCAGGAGGAAAACCCCAUGCUAGGCUUCCGCGGCGCGUCGCGCUACUACUCCCCGCACUACAAGGAGGCCUUCGGGCUCGAGUGCCGCGCGAUCAAGUACCUGCGUGAGACAAUCGGGUUCACCAACGCGAUCAUCAUGAUCCCCUUCUGCCGCACGGUCGGCGAGGCGCAGCGGGUACUACAGACCAUGGCCGAGAACGGGCUCGUGCGCGGCGAGAACGGGCUACAGGUCUACAUGAUGUGCGAGAUCCCGUCGAAUGUGAUCCUGGCCGCGGAUUUCGCAGAGUACUUUGAUGGGUUCUCGAUCGGGUCGAAUGACCUGACGCAGUUGACGCUGGGCGUUGACCGGGACUCGGAGGAGCUGGCAGAUCUGUUUAGCGAGCAGGACAAGGCCGUCGAGUGGAUGAUUGCAGAGGUUAUAUCUGUCUGCCGCAAGAAGGGGUGCAAGGUCGGGAUCUGUGGGCAGGCGCCCAGUGACCACCCAGAGUUUGCGCAGUUCCUGGCGAAGCUGCACAUUGAUUCCAUCUCGGUCAGCCCGGACAGUUUUGUUGCAGUCAAGAGGAACGUCUGUCUUCCAUCGGCGAAUGGGCCUGUUUAG